UUCGAGCGAAUCAGCAUCAUGGUGAUCCUGCUGAACUGUGUGACUCUGGGAAUGUACCAACCGUGUGAGAACAUCGACUGCACCUCUGACCGCUGCCAAAUCCUACAGGCGUUCGAUGCAUUUAUUUACAUCUUCUUUGCGCUGGAGAUGGUGGUGAAGAUGGUGGCUCUGGGGAUCUUCGGCCGUCGCUGUUACCUUGGCGAUACAUGGAACAGGCUGGACUUUUUCAUCGUCAUGGCAGGGAUGGUAGAAUACUCUCUCGAUCUCCAGAACAUCAACCUCUCCGCCAUCAGGACAGUGCGAGUACUCAGACCACUCAAAGCCAUCAACAGAGUUCCCAGCAUGCGGAUCCUGGUGAACCUUCUACUGGACACUCUGCCCAUGCUUGGGAAUGUGCUGCUUCUCUGCUUCUUUGUCUUCUUUAUCUUCGGCAUCAUUGGUGUGCAGCUGUGGGCGGGGCUUCUGCGCAACCGCUGCUACCCCGAGGACAACUUCACACUUCCGUCCGGAGUGACACUCCCCACUCCCUACUACCAACCUCAGGAGGACGACGAGCGGCCCUUCAUCUGCUCGUUAGCACCGGAUAAUGGGAUCAUGUCCUGCUCGGACAUUCCUCCGCUCAGGGAGGGAGGGACAGAGUGCUGUUUGGAUAAAGAAGACGCUCUCCAGGCCCUUGGAUCAGAACUGCUUUCCAAUGCCAGCUCCAUGGGGCUCUGUGUCAACUGGAACCAGUAUUAUACCCGCUGUGUGACUGGAAACAGCAACCCCCACAAGGGCGCCAUUAAUUUCGACAACAUUGGCUACGCUUGGAUUGUCAUCUUUCAGGUGAUCACAUUAGAAGGCUGGGUGGAGAUCAUGUACUAUGUGAUGGAUGCUCACUCAUUCUACAACUUCAUCUACUUCAUCCUGCUCAUCAUCAUUGGCUCGUUCUUCAUGAUUAACCUGUGCCUAGUGGUCAUCGCUACACAGUUCUCGGAGACGAAGCAGCGAGAACAUCAGCUGAUGCAGGAGCAGCGAGCUCGCUGUCUGUCCUCCAGCACACUGGCAUCUCUUACCGAGCCGGGCGACUGCUACGAGGAACUCUUCCAGCUGGUGUGUCACGUCCUUCGCAAGGCUCGGCGCCGCUCCGUCGCCCUCUACUACACGCUCCGGGGUAAAGUUCCGCCUCCUGGGGGAGGGCGGAGCCGGAGAAGAGGAGGGGUCAAAGCUAACGGAGGCAAGAAGAGGCAGUGUCGCUCUGCUCAGGUGUCUCGCUGUCCUCACCACAGUAAAAUGGAGCACAGCCCACAGCCUCUAGAUAAUUCUAUCCCUCUUUCGGUUCCUCCUAACCCUGAAGAUUGUCCUGAGUGCACCGCCCUGUCAAUCAGGGAGGGGACAGGGCCAGGGGCAGACACAGCCAAUGGCGAGGAAGGAGAAGAAGCAUUGGAGGAGACAGACCGGGAGGAGAACCACUUAGAAGAGAGAAUAGAGGAGGACGAGGAGGAGGAGGAAGAGGAAGAGGAUGAUGAAGAAGUGGAUGGUCAGAAGAAGAAAAAGAAGAAGAAAAAGAAGAAGAGGAGGUCCUGCUUUAGGAAAGCUAAGGACUUAUGGGAUGAAAUGAGAGUGAAAUUGUGGAGCAUCGUGGAAAGCAAAUAUUUCAACCGUGGAAUCAUGAUUGCUAUCCUCAUCAACACCAUCAGCAUGGGCAUCGAACAUCACAACCAGCCUGAUGAACUCACCAAUGUGCUGGAGGUCUGCAACAUCGUAUUCACCAGUAUGUUCACAUUGGAAAUGAUCCUCAAACUCACGGCAUUUGGUUUCUUUGAGUACCUGAGGAACCCGUACAACAUCUUUGAUGGCAUCAUCGUCAUCAUCAGUGUGUGUGAGAUCAUCGGUCAGUCUGACGGCGGUCUCUCAGUGUUGAGGACGUUCAGGUUGUUGAGGGUGAUAAAGCUGGUGCGCUUCAUGCCGGCUCUGCGCAGGCAGCUCGUCGUCCUCAUGAAGACCAUGGACAACGUGGCCACCUUCUGCAUGCUCCUCAUGCUCUUCAUCUUCAUCUUCAGUAUUUUGGGAAUGCACAUAUUCGGCUGUAAGUUCAGUCUGAAGACGGAAGCUGGAGAUACGGUUCCUGAUCGGAAAAACUUCGACUCUCUGCUUUGGGCCAUCGUUACUGUGUUUCAGAUCCUGACUCAGGAGGACUGGAACAUGGUUCUGUAUAACGGCAUGGCCUCCACGUCUCCUCUCGCUGCUCUUUACUUCGUGGCGUUGAUGACGUUCGGGAACUACGUCCUGUUCAACCUACUGGUGGCCAUCCUGGUAGAGGGGUUUCAGGCAGAGGGCGAUGCUAACAGGUCAUACUCGGACGAUGAUCGAUCCUCCUGCAACUUUGACGAAAAGGAAAGAGAGAAAGAUCCUCUCCAGCUAUCCGAUCCUAAAAUCUGCACUCUGACCCCUAACGGACAUCUGGACCUGGCACCGAUGCCCAACGCCAUCGGAGUUUACCCCGCUGAGCGACUAAGCUUCGCUCUGGGCUCCAGAAAGAGCAGCGUGAGUUCCCUCGGGAGAACCGGUCUGGAGCAGAGGACUCUGUGUCCAGGAGGAGGAGGUUCUCUGUACAGUUGGACUCGUCCGGUUCCUCAGGGCUCGUGGAGCCGCAGGUCGAGCUGGAACAGUAUGGGGCGGCUGAGUCGGAGCGUGGGGGUGGGCACAGGGGGCAGUCUGAGGGUGCGAGGCCCUCAUUCAUACCAAGCUGAGCAUGAAUCCCUCCUUUCUCCUCCUCUACACCCUCAUCCUCCUCCACCGCUCUUCUCCAGACAUUUCGUCCCCUGUAGGGAUCGUCGCGCUCUCUCUCUGGAGCUGCCCGAGCUUCUACAGGUCCCCGGUGCGCCGCCCACAUCGCUGCACUCACACCAGCGCAAGAAAAGCUUCUCAGGAGGACCAGCGGGCACGGCGGAGCAUCAGGACUGCAACGGCAAGACGCCGGCAGUUCAGCAGCAGAUCCUCAGUGAAGUUUAUCCACAAGUCAACACUCGCAAAGACCGAGAUGACCUGGAGGACGAGAUCGAUUACAGUUUGUGCUUCAGGAUCCAGAAGAUGAUUGAAGUUUAUCGUCCUGACUGGUGUGAGACGAGAGAGGACUGGAGUGUUUUCCUCUUCUCCCCUCAGAACAAGUUCAGAUUGAUGUGCCAGUCCAUCAUAGCCCAUAAGCUGUUUGACUACGUGGUAUUGGCCUUCAUCUUCUCCAAUUGCAUCACUGUGGCUCUGGAGAGACCCAAAAUCCUCCAGGGCAGUUUGGAGAGGCUUUUUCUCACCAUCUCUAAUUACAUCUUCACUGCUAUCUUCGUGGGUGAGAUGACUCUAAAGGUGGUUUCAAUGGGAUUAUACCUGGGUGAUCAGGCGUACCUGCGCAGCAGUUGGAAUGUCCUUGACGGUUUUUUGGUUUUCGUCUCGUUGAUUGACAUUGUGGUGUCGAUGGCAGGCGGAGCUAAGAUCCUGGGGGUUCUAAGGGUUCUCAGGCUUCUGCGCACACUGCGCCCUCUCAGGGUGAUCAGUCGAGCUCCUGGCCUCAAGCUCGUAGUGGAGACUCUGAUUACGUCUCUGAAGCCCAUCGGGAACAUUGUUCUCAUCUGCUGUGCUUUUUUCAUCAUCUUUGGUAUCCUUGGAGUCCAGCUUUUCAAAGGAAAAUUCUUCUACUGCCUGGGUCUGGAUGUCAGAAACAUCACCAACAAGUCUGACUGCCUGCUUGCCAAUUACAAGUGGGUUCAUCACAAGUACAACUUCGACAAUCUGGGACAGGCCCUCAUGUCCCUAUUUGUCCUCGCAUCCAAGGACGGUUGGGUCAACAUCAUGUAUCACGGUCUGGAUGCAGUCAGUGUGGACCAGCAGCCGAUCACCAACAACAAUCCAUGGAUGCUGCUGUACUUCAUCUCCUUCCUCCUCAUCGUCAGUUUCUUCGUGCUCAACAUGUUUGUGGGUGUGGUGGUGGAGAACUUCCACAAGUGCCGACAGCACCAGGAGGUGGAGGAGGCCAAAAGAAGGGAGGAGAAGCGACUCCGGCGCAUGGAGAAGAAGAGACGGAAAGCCCACAAGCUGCCGUAUUACGCCAGUUACAGUCACGUCCGCCUGAUGAUCCACAACCUGUGCACCAAUCACUACCUGGACCUCUUCAUUACCUUCAUCAUCUGUGUGAAUGUGGUGACCAUGUCUCUGGAGCACUACAGUCAGCCUCAUUCUCUGGAGAUCACUCUCAAGUACUGUAAUUAUUUCUUCACCAGCACCUUUGUGCUCGAGGCCGUGCUGAAACUCAUCGCAUUUGGCUUCCGACGCUUCUUCAAAGACAGGUGGAAUCAGUUGGAUCUGGCUAUAGUUCUGCUCUCAGUGAUGGGCAUCACACUGGAGGAGAUUGAGAUCAGUGCCGCCUUACCCAUCAACCCCACCAUCAUCCGCAUCAUGAGGGUUCUGCGCAUCGCUCGUGUGCUGAAGCUGUUAAAGAUGGCGACGGGGAUGAGAGCUCUGCUGGACACAGUGGUACAGGCUCUACCUCAGGUGGGAAACCUCGGCCUCCUCUUUAUGCUGCUCUUCUUCAUCUACGCUGCAUUAGGAGUGGAACUGUUUGGAGAACUUGUGUGUAAUGAGGAUUAUCCGUGUGAGGGGAUGAGUCGACACGCCACCUUCGAGAACUUCGGCAUGGCAUUCCUCACACUCUUUCAAGUGUCCACGGGUGAUAACUGGAACGGCAUCAUGAAGGACACGCUGCGUGAGUGCCCCUCAGGCGAGUAUAGCUGUAACCCGAGCCUGCAGUUCAUCUCUCCACUCUACUUUGUGAGCUUCGUGUUGACGGCGCAGUUCGUCCUCAUCAAUGUGGUGGUGGCUGUGUUAAUGAAGCACCUCGACGACUCCAACAAGGAGGCACAAGAGGAGGCCGAGAUGGACGCUGAGAUUGAAAUGGAGCUAGCACAUGGUGCCCUCUGCUGCAUGGGAGGUCUGGCUGGAGCUGGAGGAGGAGCUGUUGGUGGAGCUGGAGCUGGAGGAGGAGGGAAGAGAGGCGGUGAAGGAGAGAAGCAGGGAGGUGGAGGGAGUGGAGGAAGCUCUGGAGCUGCACCACAUUCACCAGGAGAACAUAAAACUAACAGCUCCAACAAACUGUACUCACCUGUACAGGAGAACAUAUGGCUGGACAGCGUGUCUCUGCUUAUUAAAGACACAUUUGAUGGAGAGGUGUUAUUGAUUGACAAGCUCUCGGGCUCCGUCUUCCAUCACUACUCGUCUCCAUCAUCAUGUAAAGACUGCAAGAGUCACCCGGAGGAGCAGAUCCACAUGGCUGAGCUGGAGCGAGCAUCUCUGAGAUCAGAGCAUAUCUCAGACAUAUCUUCCUCACCAGUGCGCCCUGAUGACCUUGUCCUGGAUGAUCAGAAUGUUUUACAGAUGGAGAAAAGCACGGAAGAGGUAGCAGGGGGUGAAGAAGCAGCAAGAGCAGAGGACGGAGGUCACAGAUGGCUCGGGAAGCCAUACACAUCAAACCGCCAUAGCAUCGGUGGGACUCUGUGCAGCAGCAGUAAUAGAAAUGAUGGUGGUACUGGAGGUGAUUCCUCCACUGUCUUCCAUCUUCCUGCUGAGUUUUUCCAUCCAGCAGCAGCAGCACUACCGGCACCCCCGAGGGUUCGCCUGGGUCACAAACCCCGAGGCCUGAGGCUGACCUCUCCAGCAUCCUGGGCCUCCCUUCGCUCACCUGGGGCCAACCUUGAACUUCUCACUGCACAGUAUGCAUCUCACAGUGACUCAUCCCUGGCCACAGGCAGCUCAGAGGGAAGUCUGCAGACCACGAUGGAGGAAGGCCUUAGCUUCAGUGUCUCUUCAUCACAGGAACCCAACAGAGGACUUUCCACAGAGACACUGAGACCAGCCUUUGACCUCCAUGCUAAUAGAGGGGUUCAGAGCAACUGCCAGGGUUCCAUAGACCCCUUACAUGGCUCCGACAAGGCUGGCAACAGCGAACAGUUAUCAGAAACACUGAGCAGCCUUUCUUUAACAUCACUGCUCUCGCCGAGCUCUCUGGUGCCCAAACUGGUCAAGAAGAGCAACAGCACUGGAAGUUUGGCCAGGGGUAAAGAGGGAAAGGAAGGCAAAGGGGUAAAAGAAGGAUCAGAGGGAGUGCAACUGGUUAAUCUUCGGGUUACUGCAAAGGAACCGGGGGAAGCAUCGGAAUUUCAAGGGGAAAGCACGAGUCAAGUAAGAGUGGCAGGCUUGAGGAAAAACAGAUGAAACACUCUUUUAUGGCAUUCCACUUUAAGCGGUGUGCAACUUUUCCUCUCCGUGUUUUUGUUGCAUUUUUCUGCGCGGAGACAUUCAAAGUUGGACACGUGAUGUUCCGUGUUAAGAACAAAAAAAAGAACAAAUCCCGAUCUAGCACUGUCUCUCUCUUUUCAUCCGUGGCCUGAUCCUGUUUUCUAAUUUGCUCAUGAGAGACGAGCUGGAUCCACUCCAAAAUGCACGUCUGGCCCUCCAGAGCAAAAGAAGCAGGGGACAAUACUCUACAAAACAACCACCAAAUCCUAAAUCCUGAUGGUUGAAGGAGUUCAAAUCAGGAUGUCCAAAUGCAAGAGCAGUAGGAUGUAGCGGUUUCGUUUAUGUUUUGGUAAAUUAAAUGAGUCAAAAUGCAAAAUUGAAAAUAUUUAUUGAAAAAUAGGUAGUGACCUUCAAAGACUACAAAGGCAUUGCAAGGAACUUUUGCAUCUUGUGGAAAGGGCAUGCAAGUGCAGUUGAGAAGAAAGUUUUUGAGAGGGCUGAAAAAAUCCAAGCUAUAUUUAGCAGCAUUGUGCACACAAAGUAAAUGCUUGCAUGCGUCUGUGCGUGUGCGCAUAUUUGUGUGUAUGUGUAUUUGAACCUCAAUGCAUUCUCAUUGUUUUGUAGAAUGCAAAAAAUGGGGCCAAUAUGAGAGGCUUGUCUUAAGAGCGAUAAAAUGGAAAAAUAUGUAAUCGCUGUCUUAGAAAAGGAGCAAAAAAAAAAAAGAAAAAAAAAUUUUGCAUGACGGCAUCUCUUUACAGACAACUUGAAAUUUUGACACACACACAGAUCCGUAUGAUGAUGUCAAUGCCGGACGAUAGCAGUGUGAUUUUUACUGAGAUAUUUUUUUAUAAACAGGUCGGCUGUAAUGGAAAUGAGGAAAGUACAUGUGUUAUUGUUGCCUUGUCCUCAUCCCAGCCCUACUGUUUCUCUGUCUGAUUUUAAAUUGUUUCCUGCAAGUGACUUCCAAAUUUAUAACUCGGGUAACAAGAGAGUAUUUUGUAUGCGGGAAGAAAUAGACCAAGCAAAGAAGAAGAAGAAGAAGAUGAAGAGAUGCUUUGGAAUUUGUCAACAAGACAAGUAGGAUUAAGUAGCUCUUGCAUCACUCAACCGGAAACAUCAUGAAGGAACCGUGCCUGAAUUAAUUGAAAGAAGUUUUGAAAAUAUUGCCAGAGCUUUAAUUUGAGUGUCAUAUGACAUAACUAGGUUUAUUAGAUUUGCAACAGAUCCACUCAUUUGAGCAUUACUCUUCUCUGCAUGGACGGUUACUGGACUGCAGUAGGAUGCUUCAUAUUAUUAUUCCUUGAAUUUUAUAAUUGCACUCAUUCGCUCUAUCGUUAGCUAGCUUAGAUCAAUCAGCCAUUUGGCUCAUGUACAAAAACAGAACAUCUUUUAAACCUAUAAGUAUGGCACUCAAAAUACUCAAGAGGAAAUUAUGUUUUAGUGUAGUCCUACCGUAGCACUUGGUCUCCCUGAUGUGUUUCUUUCUGUUUAUAGAAUUCAGGUGAUUAUUGAAAAAUGUUUGGCUUGACCUGUUGACCAAUUUCUUUUUGAUUGGUAGUGGUUGUCUGUCCAUAAUGUGGCGAUGUCAUCAAGUGACCACUGUACAGUAUAUCAAUGGUGUUGUGGUUUAGUCAAGACUACAUUAGUUCUCGUCACAGUGCUCGACACAGUGUUAGCUUUAGGUUUAAAGUGGUAGGUUUAAAGAAUUUAUUUCAUGAAAAACAAAGACAUAAAUAUGAAGGGCUUUCUCACUUUCCAAGAUCAUCUUGGAGAUCUGAAGACAAAUCUGCUGUCAGUGGACCAGACAACAAAUGGGAACCUGACGAUACAGCAAUAAAGUGUAGCUUUGUGUAUGCCCUACGUCUAAAUAUGAUGUUAUUUCAAUAUAAUAGAAUAGUGCACAUGGUGAACAUAACCUUGGGGGCCAAUCAGAACACACCAUUUCUCAUUAUUUGAUAGGACUAAAUGAAUAAAUGAGGUCAUUUAGAACUCAGGGCCUUGGAACACACCACUAAAGAAAGACUUGGAUUUUCAGACAGGAGUGAGGGAAAGAAAAAUAAUAAGCUUACAUCAAUGCAUCAUGAACAUAGCACAACACUUUCUGGUUCUCAAAGUUAAAUAGAUUAACCCUGUCUACAUUUCAAAAUGUGUCUCUGUUACAAACGAGGGCAGUGUGGCUUAAGAAUGAAGUUUUUAAGUAGAUUCGACUAGAGAUGUGCACAGGACUGUGUUUUAAACCCAGUCCCACCUGCUCCCGAAGGAAUUCUGAAUAAUUCUGCUAUUCCCAAAGGGAUUUUGAAUAAUUCCACCUGCUCCCAUAGACACUCCACUAAUACUACUCCAGAGGUAUUCCAACUAUCCUGUUCACUCCCAUAUAUACACAUGACCAAUCCAUAUAACUCUUAAAGGAAUUCUGAUCAAUCCCACCCACUCCCACAAAAAUGCUUUACCAAUCCCACCCACUCCUAAAAAACUGCUUGAGCAAUCCCACGCACGCCCACAAAAAAGUUUGACCAAUCCAACCCACUCCCGCAAAAACGCUUGAGCAAUCCCACCCACACAAAGAAAUUCUGAUCAGUCACACCCACUGAUGAUGGAAUUCUGAUCAAUCUCGCACACUACUACAGACACUUGACCAAUCCCGCCUGCACUUGUUGCAAGCUUGACCAAUCAUACCAACACCUGCAGUUAUUAUGUUUGUUUGUACCUGCCUGCAAUAUUUUCUAAUGAACCGAGUAGGUUUUGGUUCCCAAAAUAUAAACAAAUUAGUCAUUUAAACCACAGAGACACUGACAAGGAUAAAGCAGUUACUGAAGGUCAGGAAUGAACAUGCAAGCACAACUCUGCAUCCAAUAAACUUUCACAUUAAACAAUGCGGACCUUCUUUGUUCUGAGAGCUUCAUAGCUGAUCAUUCACUCCUGCUUGCAUGAGAGUAAAAACCACCUGCUCUAGCAAUAUUUUUUUUUUCCUGAUGCACACCUCUAGUUUCACCUAAUGAAGCCAUGUUUGCUGAAGUUUGCUUUUUUUUUUUGUCUUGCCUAAUAAACAUGAUCAAGGUGGAGCCAGAAGACUGGUUUACUAAGUACUUAUUAAGUUUAUUAAGAAGUACUAAAAUCUACAUUUACACAGUUGUCUAUAAUGAGAAUCUCAGCACACUAACAUCAGCACAUCCUUUAUUUUGGGUUUUGUGCUGUAAAAAUCUGUUCAAAUGAAUGACAAUUCUCAGACAGGAAGCUAGCGUGACAGUCCUAAACUUAACUGUUCGUAACGUUAACGUGCUCAGCAAUUCUGAAAAGCGUUUAAAUUUUGAUAAACUAAUUAACAGAUAUUUGAUAAUUGAUUGAGAUUUGAUUACAUGAUUGCAAAAAAGACUUGGCUAAUACAUAAUCUGGAAAUCUGAACUGAUCCCAAUAGACUAUAUUAGAGUGUCAUGUCAUGUUUAUGAAGGCCUUUUGUAGGUUUAAUGUCUAACAGUGUCGAGUAUUAGACGAGGUUUUAUUGAGCACUCGAAGCUGGACGGACUCGCCACUGUACCAUUACUGAGCUUGAACGUAUGUACUUAUAUCUUUGUAUAUUGAUCUGCAUGUGUGCUAUGCUACCAAUGACGAUGAAACCUUCAUGCACAGUUUUCCAGUUUUUUUUAGGGGUGAGAAAGAUUUUUCCAUUUUGGACGCACUCCAUUUUUUUCACACCCUAGAAGUCUUCCUUGAGUUAUUUGGAGCUGAAGUGGUGUUGGUGUACAAAUCUACACUUGUAGAUGUGUGUUUUUUAUUGUCACGACUUGUCCAGUCGUCAUCAUUUGUAGCUGUGAUUGAUGCCUGUCAAUCAGCUGCUCGUCCUAACAGUCAUGUCCAUUCUGAUUCUGUCCCUGUUCACCCAGCACACUUUCAGCAUCCCCUUAACUUAUUUAUUCAAAGCUUCCUGUUCUCAUUACCUCUCACUCUUUCUGUUAUUUAUUUAUACCUUUCCCAUAUUUAGUCAGAACUUCCUGUUUUCAUUAAUACUCACUCUUUCUGUUUAUUUGAUGUUCUUUGUUUCCUACUUGUUCCAUAUUUGUUUAGAGCUUCCUACUCUUUCUUACGAACUCUCUGACUUUAUUUAAGUUCUUUGUCUCUGCCCCGCUCAUGGCAAAGUUUUGCAUAUUUCUAUAGAAAUGUAAUUACUUUUUUUCACUAGUUUUCUACUUCCUGUUUCCUGUCAGUGUUUUUAUUUCCUGGUUCUGACCCUUGCCUGUUUUCCUUGGGUCCCCCCCCCCAGCCUGUGUUUUGACCCCUGCCUGGUGUAUCCACCA